AUGGCAGGCGAGGACGAAGAUUCAUUCGCGAUGGACGUGGAACGGCAUGUAAAGUUCUGGAAGAUGCAUUUAUCCAUGCUUCCCCGUCCCUAUGUGAGUGGAGAUGAUCAACGCAUGACCUUUGCCUACUUUUGUCUCAGUGGCUUGGAUUUGCUGCAGCGCACUGACACGGACUGCCAGGCAGACCAACGUGAGGCGUAUAUUGCUUGGAUUUACGACCAACAAGUCCCUACAGAACAUGGCGGUGGAUUCCGUGGCUCACCCACCUCCUCAUCUGCGCAUAUUGUCAUGACGUAUACGGCCCUCUUAUGCUUGAGCAUCCUGCGCGACGACUUUGCACGUUUAGACCGUGAAGGUCUUCGGCGUCAUGUGCACCAACUUCAGAAGCCAGAUGGAAGUUUCUUGUGUGCACACGGGAGUCGUGAGCAGGACGUCCGUUUUAGCUAUGCUGCGUUUGCCAUUGCGUAUAUGUUGAAUGACUGGUCGAUAAUGGACUGCGAGUUGGCAAUGACCUACAUGCUGCGCUGCCAACAUUACGAAGGUGCUUUUGCGCAGGAACCUGGUCUCGAAUCACAUGGUACGUUUAUCUUUCUACUGAUCCCAGGUGGCUCGACGUACUGUGUGGUAGCCGCCUUUGCCUUGGCCCACAGUCUUGACCGGAUUCCUAGAAGGGAACAUCUGGAGCGUUGGAUUCUAUCACGUCAAGUACCUCGAAGCGGGUUUCAAGGACGCGUGGAGAAAACGCCAGAUACGUGUUAUUCGUUCUGGUGUGGGGCGAGUGCACAGGUUCUCGGCUGCCAUAACUACAUUGAUGCGCGCUCUGACGCUUGUUGGAUUUUAUCUGCGCAAUCUCCGCUAGGCGGUAUUGCGAAGGUGCCUGGCGAGCAUCCGGAUAUUCUUCAUUCCUAUUUAUCAUACGUCGCAUUGUCACUGCAUACCCAUGAUGGCCUGACGACCUCGUCGUUGUCGUUUGCCCCUGUGUCAUGCGCGCUUAAUCUCUCUCGCUCUUCGUUGGCAUGGAUGCACACACAUCUUGCGCCUCCUCCCUCGUACUCAAUCCCGUAA